CUCGAUAAACAGAUUUUCAACUGUGCAAUGGAAAACUUCAGAAGAAAAAUCUGUCCCUAAAGGAGAGUAACCUCCUAUCCGACAGCAACGGGCCCCAAGGCAGCUGCCUCUCUUCUGGCUCUCCGCUGCUCCCUAUGGCUGCCUGUCUGCCGGCGGUUUGUGUUGUGUUGCGGUUCCUUAAGGGCAGGGAGUGUGGUGCGUGCAGCGUGUCUCCCAGCAGGAUCGCAGGAAGGGGAAAAAAAUGGGAAAACUAAACCAUAAACAUGAAGAAAUUAAAGCUGAAAGAACUGGAAAGCUGUCUUCAAGAAGUCGAUACUUUUGACAGUCCAAAACUACUCCUUGAACAGUAUCCAACAAGACCUCACAUCGCAGCAUGUAUGCUUUAUACAAUUCACAAUACUUUUGAUGAUAUUGAAAACAAAACAAUUGCAGAUUUAGGAUGUGGCUGUGGCAUGCUCAGCAUUGGAAGUGCAAUGUUAGGAGCAGGAUUCUGUGUGGGAUUUGACAUAGAUGCAGAUGCUCUGGAAAUAUUUAAUAGCAAUAUUGAGGACUUUGAGCUCACGAACGUCAACAUGGUUCAGUGUGACAUCUGUUCUUUAUCUGGUAGCAUGUCAGAUGCUUUUGACACAGUUAUUAUGAACCCUCCGUUUGGUACCAAGCAUAAUAAAGGAAUUGAUAUGAUUUUUCUGAAAACUGCUCUGCAAAUGGCAAAAACAGCUGUAUAUUCUCUUCACAAAACUUCAACACGGCAGCACAUUCAAAAGAAAGCAGAUGAAUGGGAAGUGAAGAUGGAAGUCAUAGCAGAACUUAGAUUUGACCUACCAGCAUCAUACAAGUUCCAUAAGAAGAAAUCAGUUGACGUUGAAGUGGAUUUCAUUAGAUUUUCUGCCAAGAAACUCCUGAACUGAGGCAUGUCUUUAAAACCUAUUGAAAAUGGAACAAUAAAACCGCUAAUUUUUUUAAA